UUGAAAUGCGAAUGCGGUGUCGCAUCUUUUAGCAUUUGUCAAAGAUUAUUCGGUCGCUAUUUUGUUUUAGCGACAUUGUCUCGAGAUAGGCAUGUCUUCUAUCUCUGCGGUUUGAAGGUUGUUCGACUCUGUGUUUUAUUGAAACGUAAAUCAACAUACAGAGAGUGCACUCGUGUUUGAAAAUGGAAUUGAGUACAAAAAAGACAGACAAACAGAGUCGACUAGAUAAUGUGACAAAACCACCUCCGCAGCCACCGCCAGAUGGCAGUAAAUACACUGUGCAAUCAGAGAAAGACCCGUAUGACUUCGUUGCAAAUCGAGUUCCACGGAAAAGAAAUAAUUUUCUAGAAUCAACUGGUCACCUGAUAAAGGGAUGUCUUGGAGGGGGUAUUCUUGGUAUCCACGAAGCCUUUAUGAAAUCUGGACUUUGGACCUCUCUAUUUGUAUCCGUCAUCUUUGGGAUAUAUAUCUCCUAUUGCUUACACAUGUUAGUCAGUGCAGCACAGAAGUUGUACAAAAUGUUACACGUCCCAGAGAUGUCUUAUCCAGACGUGGCAGAGGCUUCUUUACAAGUUUGUCCCUUCCCCUCAAUAAGAAAAUAUAGUAAAUGGUUCAGAUACGCUGUGGAUUUAACCAUUUGUAUAGAUCUGUUUGGGGCCUGCUGCGUCUACCAGAUCAUAAUAGCGAAGACUGUAAAAGAUAUUAUAGAAAAUACACAUGAUACCCAAGAGGUCGUUGACUUGAAUAGGUUAAGGCUCUAUAUUCUGGCCUUAUUGAUACCUAUAUUACUGCUUUGUAUGAUAAGAUCCUUAAAGUACUUGGCCCCGUUUACGCUGGUUGCUGAUGUGUUUAUUGUGGCAUGCGUAGUUGCAACAAUAGUAUAUGGAUUGCGAUCAGCGCCACCUAUCGCCACUGUACCAGGUUGGAAAGAUGCCUUAGGAUUUUUUGAAUUUUGCGGCAUCGUUGUGUUCAGUAUGGAAGGCAUUGGAGUUAUAUUGCCUAUAGAGAAUAAUAUGCAGAAUCCUAAGCAAUAUCUAAUGGUAAUAACUUGCGGUAUGACAAUAGUACUCUUGUUCCUCAUAACAGUUGGGUUUUUUGGAUAUUGGGGCUUUGGUGAAAAUUCUAUAUCGCCGGUCACUUUGAAUUUUCCCUCUGACUUAUUUCCAACAGUUCUCAAAGGUUUAAUGGGUAUCAUGAUCUUUGUAACUUUUGCCCUUAACUUCUGGGCGCCUUUCAACCUCGUCUGGCAUUAUGUAUCAAAGAAGCAUGACCCGAAGAAACACUGGAUUUGGGAGAGAGUAUACAGAGCAGGUUUUAUUGUUACUAUAACUGCGAUUGCUAUAGGAUUUCCCAAUAUUGGAAACCUUAUGGGAUUGCUUGGAGCGUUCGCUCUUUCAAACAUGGGCUUCAUAUUCCCAGCGAUAAUCGACUUGUUGGUGGUAUGGGAGAAGCCAGGUCUAGGGAAAUGGAAGUGGCGACUAUGGAAAAAUAUUUUUAUUAUAGUUGUUGGAAUACUUUUAUUCUUCGCUGGAACGUAUUCUAAUGUAAAAGGAUUGUUAUUACAUUUGUAGUAAAUAAAUAAAAGUUAUUUAUUACUGUUAUUUAUAGUGAAUAAAGGUUAUACUAUACUUGGAUAAGUUAGUUUAAGAGCCCACAACAUCGAACUUGGAUACAAAAGUCGUUAUCGGUAUCACUGUCGCUAUAACGCGAUAGAGUGGUCAGACGCUACUCUAAGAAUACGUUAUACCAAGUGUUUCUUAACGUUUUUUAUACAUUCGAAAGUUCUUAUGCCAAUACGUAAUAAGUAUAUUUUUAAUAUUAAACAAUCUAAUUGUUCACGUAAGAAACUUUUUUUUUUCAAGGUUUUAAGAAAGAAAUUUACUUCAGAA